CCGAAGGACAUUUCAUUUCUACUCUUCGGCAUCCCACUAGGAAAACAAGGGUGAGAAACGAAGCCGCCGCCUCCAGUUGCGCGCCAGGUUCCACCUAAUGGAGAGACAAUGAGAUUAAUUCCCAAUGCAGAGUUGACAGCCUGUGUCCUCAGUGCCACCAACCUGAAGUGAAACCAGCUCUAUCCCCCCCACACGGUGGGAACUCUAGGAAUCUCUAUUGGAACGAUGACCAUGAGUCUGGGCCCCUUGUUGUUGGUCUUUGUGCUGGGUCUCAUUGUGACCCCAUCAACUCUGGCUCAAAAUGACGCCAGGUAUAUCAAAUUCCUGAAACAGCACUAUGAUGCCAAUCCAAAGGGCCGGGACGACAGAUACUGUGGUAGUAUGAUGAGAAAACGAGACCUCACCUCUCCCUGCAAAGAUCGCAACACCUUUAUUCAUGGCAACAAGGACAGCAUCAAGGCUGUCUGUGGAGAAAACGGAAACCCUUACGAAAAUAACUUAAGAAUAAGCAUCUCUGAAUUCCAGGUCACCACUUGCAGGCAUACAGGAGGGUCUUCCGGGCGUCGGUGCCGGUACCGAGCCUCCAGAGAUUUCAGACGCAUUGUUAUUGCCUGUGAAAAUGGCUUGCCUGUCCACUUUGAUGAGUCUGUCAUCAGUCCAAAGCAGGCAGGCCCCUGGCACUGAGUUGGCUCUGCUUUUUUUAAAUCCCAUCUUAACCCAGAACAAUGAUGGCAACUUUCACUGUCAAUGGCCAGAAAAUGAAGUAUCUGAAACUUAGGUCUCAGAUUUAUGAUGCACAUAAAUAAAGAUGUCUCUAAAGCCAUUAA